AUGGCUAAAGAGAAAAGGUUGGUCGAAGAAACCAGGGAGCAAAGCAUUUCAGAAAUAAAACACAAAACCCAAUAUUUGCGGCAACGGACGCAGCCACAUCGACCACCACCAAAACUGCGACUACCCCGACCACAGAAACAACUGAAACAACAACUACUGCAACUACAACAACCACAGCCACCUCAAUGUAAACAAGAAGGAAUUGAACGACAAGUUGAAGAUGACAUCAGCAGUAGUCCGUUUAACGUUGACAACAUCAACAACUACAGCAUCAACACGGAUGAAAACAAUAACAUUAUUUUCUUCAAUGGCAGUAACUUUAACGACGGCAAACUGAACUUAAACAACAAAGCCUUUAGCAGAUUGAAGAAUGUCCUCCCAAAACUUCCACACGAUAAACUGAGCAAGAUUCAAACCAUCAAACUGGCAGCUUACUACAUCAACUUCAUGUAUUCGCAACUGAAGGAGAAUGAAUGA